AUGGCAGAACGACCAAACGGCGACAGCACCCCCGCAACGCCUUCAAAGGGACUUACUGUGGAUGAGAUGCUAAAGAAGUAUCCCAAGGAGGAUGUGGAGCGCGCUAUCUUCAAUCGUGAUUAUGUGGGUGAAAGAAACAGAAUGAUCUCUAUAUACAACGAUAUGAUUGCCAAAGGCUCCAAUGUCCAAAUUGCCACCAAGGCACGCGAUAACUUUCUGGAGCGUACACCGUCCGAACCUCCGAUCGACCCUGACGAGCCAGCUGACCUUGACCCUGAUGUCUUGUGGAGGAUCAAGAUUCUGAAGUAUAGUUACCGUGAUAGGCCUGUCGUUCGUCCUGAAAGUAUCCUUGACCUUGAUACUGCGUCUGUUGAUCCCGACACUAUGGUCAACCGUGAUGCUAUCCUGAACGCUUACCGUCAUGGCGACCUCAAAGUGGUGUUUGGGGAGGUUAGCGUGUGGUUUGCAGGUAACCUGGUUAUUGGACCCCUACCGAACAGCAAACUUGGCCUCGAUGACAUUAUUGACAAGGUUCCUGGGUGGCGAAAGAAGUAUGGCCCCGGCCGGGUCUGGGAGGAGCGUCCCAACUUCCUUCAUGCGGGCGACCAUGUUCAUCUUGGCCCAGGCGUAUCAAGCAAGCGCCUGACCGAACCGGCUGUCGACCUGCACGAAUUACCUCGAAUUGAUUUGGUCCUUCUCUCACAUUAUCAUGAGGACCAUUUUGAUAGAAAGGUGGAGGCUUCACUGAGACGUGAUCUCCCGAUCAUAACUACACCCCAUGCAAAGGAGCACCUUACUUCUAAGAAUGAGGAUUCCUUCACAUCUGUGCAUGCACUCGAUCCAUUCGAGCAGAUGAAUGUCGACAUCGAAGGCAUAGCAGGGUCAACAGGGUCCCGAUUGCGAGUGACGGGAAUGCCCGGACAGCACAUACCUCCUAAUUCAGUGGUACAGAAGCUCAAUGCACUAGUCAGCGCCAUUCCGCCAACCAACGGCUGGAUGCUCGAGUUAGGCAGCGGCACCCAUAACACUGCUGAAUUCUCGUGUGGAUACCGGAUCUACAUCUCAGGUGACACCCUCAUGGUAGAUGACCUGCACGAAAUUCCCAAACGAUAUGCAGGCCAACAAAUUGAUCUGAUGCUCGCCCAUCUCGGCGGCACGACCAUUCCAUCUCCGCUAGUGGGAAGAAUCAUGGAACCGCUAGCGUUGAUGGUCACUAUGGAUGCGGAGCAGGGCCUUCAAUUGAUCCAGCUGAUCCAGCCAGACAUUACAAUCCCAAUCCACUAUGAUGAUUACGACGUGUUUGCGAGUCCGCUGGAAGACUUCAAGCGGGUGGUCGAGGCGGCGGGGCUAUCGGACAAGGUUGUGAUUCUGGAUCGCAGUGACCAAUAUCGCUUUCGUGUUAAGGGAUAG